AUGCCCGCGACCCUGCGGGUGGAACCCAAGGCCACUCUGCAGACAGGCCCCAGCACCCACUCUAUGGGGCUUGGAUGGGGGACAGCCGUGCCGCCCUGGGUCCCCACGGCCUGGCCUUGCCAGUGUCAGAGGCCUUGGCCUGGCGGCCACAGCCCUUGUCACCCGGAGUGUCCACGUCCCCGAGGGCCCAGAUGCCCCCUCUGUCCUGCUCACCUCCUCCCGCGUCCGGAGGCCACGGUGCUGCUGGCAGGGGCAUCUCCCUCUCACACGCCCAGCAGCCUACGCAUUCCUCGCCUGAAGGCUCAGGCCGGCCCCACCUUUCAGGGGAAUGCUCUCUCCUCACCCAACCCCUCUCCUGCCCCUACACCCACGGAUGGGGUGGUGCAUCGCUCUCCAGCUGGGGUCCCAGCACCCAGAUCCAAGCAGGAGGAGCAGGACAAGGUGGGCGGCCCCAGCUCAGAUCUGGGCUGGGGGACACAGGGAGGGGGCUGCCUGGGCUCAGGAGUGAUGGCGGGAGCCCCUGUGAGGCCAGGGUUUGGGGGCUCCCGCUCACCCCGGCAGUGCCCGGGAGUCGACGGGACUCCAAGAUUCCAACGAAGCGUGGGGAGCAGGUGCGGGGGCGUGGCCAGCAGAGCUGCGCCUCCUCCCCUGGGCUCCGCCCUGAACGGGGGCAGGGGGCGCGGCAGAAGGGGGUCCGCCCAUCCAGAGACCUCGGAUGCACCCCGCUCGCCAGCCCAGGGCCGGCGGCCCCUCGGGGCUUGGGCUGGUGAACGCCGGGAGCUGGUCACACGCAGGGCGGCCCCCACCCCUGCCCCGCCCUCCGGCUCUGAGUCCGGGGCGCAGAGGACCGGCAGCCGCCAGCCGGCCACCUUUCGACCACCCGACCUGCUCCCUCGCUGUUCCGACGCCCGGGCUGUGGAGCCUGCUGCUGCUCACUAA